AUGGCGUACACACCCCGGGGUGGCCGCGGUGGCGGCCGCGGUGGCGGCCGGGGCGGCUUCGGUGGUGGUCGCGGUGGCCGAGGCGGUUUCGGUGGUGGUCGGGGCGGGGGCUACAGUGGUGGCUUCGGAGGCGGGUUCGGCGGUGGGGACCGCGGCGGUUUUAAGGGAGGAAGGGGCCGUGGGGGUGGGCGUGGUGGAGGACGCGGGCGUGGACGAGGCGCCGGGGGUGUGCGGAGAGGUCUCGGAGCGCGAGGCGGGUCAAGAGUGAUUGUUGAACCGUUCCGCCACGCAGGUAUCUUCGUUGUCAAGGGUAAGGACGAUUCACUGGCCACCAAGAAUAUGGUGGUCGGAGAGAGCGUGUACGGCGAAAAACGGGUGCAGGUGGAAACUGCGGCGCCAAUGGCCGAACAAAAUGGAGCGACUGUUGCCAAGGAGAAAAUCGAGUACCGAUUUUGGUCGCCGUUUAGGUCCAAGCUGGCCGCUGGUAUUGUCGGUGGUAUUGACAAGUGCUGGAUCACUCCGGGAGCCAAAGUUCUGUACCUCGGUGCCGCUUCCGGAACGACUGUGUCUCAUGUGUCCGACGUGGUUGGGCCUACGGGCGUUGUGUAUGCGGUGGAGUUUUCCCCGAGAUCAGGACGAGAUUUGGUGAACCUGGCCAAGAAGCGAACAAACAUUGUGCCGAUUAUCGAGGACGCGCGUCAUCCGGCCAAAUACCGUAUGUUGGUUGGGAUGGUUGACGUUAUCUUUGCUGAUGUUGCGCAGCCUGAUCAGGCCAGGAUUGUUGGUAUCAACGCACAAUUCUACCUGAAGACUGGGGGUCAUUACAUGAUCUCAAUCAAGGCAAACUGUAUCGACUCAACCGCUCCAGCUGAAGCUGUGUUUGCAGCCGAAGUGGAGAAGCUGAGGGGUAUGUCCCUCAAGCCUGUGGAGCAGUUGACAUUGGAACCUUAUGAGAGAGAUCAUUGCAUAGUUGUAGGGGUAUACAAGAAGAAGAAGAAGGAUAUGUCGGCGUAAUUUGAUGAUGCAAGUCGGGGUUUGUUUCUCGGUCUGUUGAUACAUGCAUUAAACGAUUCUAUGUG